UCCCAUUCAGCCGUUCUUAAAUUUUCUUGCCAAGAGCAGAGCUCGCAUAAUCGUCCCGCCAAAGAGUUUGUUUUCUUCCCCAUCUGCAAAAUCGGCCUCUGGAAUCCGGAGCUGGAAUAAAGCAUAUCAAGAAUGAGCUUCGCCGCAUAUCGAAUGAUACAUUUGCCGACCGGCAUAGAGAAUUGCGCCUCCGGCUUUAUCACGCAUUCUGCCGCCGAUUUCACUCCCCAAGUUCAAACGGAAGACUUUGAUUCCGACUGGCCAUCUUCCAAGCCGCUUGGUGCAGUCCCAAACCUCGUCGUCUCCUCUGCUAAUAUUCUAGAAGUAUAUGCUGUUAGGUUUCAGCAGGCUGCUGCCAGAGACUCUAAGCUGCAGCUGGAAGCUAAGCGAGGCGGAGUGAUGUCAGGCAUCUCUGGAGCUUCGCUAGAGCUUGUCUGCCAUUACAAAUUACACGGCAAUGUUUACUCCAUGAAGGUGUUAUCCGCUGGAGGGGUUGAUAGUGGGAGGAAGAGGGACUCCAUAAUUUUGGCAUUCGAGGAUGCAAAGUUUUCUGUGCUCGAAUUUGAUGAUUCUGUGCAUGGUCUCAGGACCAGCUCAAUGCACUGUUUUGAAGGUCCAGACUGGCUUCACUUAAAAAGAGGUAAAGAAUCAUUUCAUAGAGGUCCACAUGUAAAGGUUGAUCCACAGGGAAAAUGUGCUGGAGCCUUGGUUUUUGAACAACAGAUGAUAAUACUCAAAGCUGCUGAGGCCAGCUCUGCUUUAGUUGGAAAACACAGUGCAAUGAAUGCAGGAGGUGCACCUUCUGCUCACAUUGAGUCUUCUUUUAUCAUCAAUUUGAGGGAUCUUAAUGUGAAGCAUGUGAAAGACUUCACAUUUGUUCAUGGUUAUAUUGAGCCUGUCAUGGUCAUACUUCAUGAACGGGAGCUUACUUGGGCUGGUCGUGCAUCAUGGAAACAUAAUACUUGCAUGAUUUCAGCAUUCAGUAUCAGUACAACACUUAAACAGUCUCCAUUGAUAUGGUCACAUUCUAGUUAUCCUCAUGAUGCAUAUAAGCUUCUUGCAGUGCCAUCUCCCAUUGCAGGAGUCCUUGUACUUGGAGCCAACACCAUUCAUUAUUACAGUCAGUCAGCUUCAUGUGCAUUGGCUCUGAACACUUUUGCUCUCUCAGCUGAUAGUACAGAAACUUCAAGAGCUUCUUUCUGUGUGGAGCUUGAUGCUGCUAAUGCGACUUGGUUGACAAAUGAUGUUGUAAUGCUGUCAACAAAGACAGGGGAACUGCUUUUAUUAACACUUAUUCAUGAUGGAAGAAUUGUGCAGAGGCUUGAUCUUUCAAAGUCGAGAGCUUCAGUGCUUGCAUCAGGAAUUACUACCCUUGGGACCUCAUUAUUCUUUUUGGGCAGUCGAUUGGGGGAUAGUCUGCUCGUGCAGUUUACUAGUGGUCUAGAAGCAUCGAUGUUUCCUUCAGGGGUAAAGGAUGAGGUUGGAGAUAUUGAAAAUGACGCACCUUCUGUUAAGAGGCUGAUGAUGUCUUCUUCUGAUGCUUUGCAAGACAUGCUCAAUGGGGAAGAACUGUCCUUGUAUGGUACAUCGCCAAAUAAUGCACAUUCAGCACAGAGGACCUUCUCCUUUGCAGUGAGGGAUUCUUUGAUAAAUAUUGGCCCUCUGAAGGACUUUUCAUAUGGUUUGAGAAUAAAUGCUGACCCAAAUGCCACUGGGGUUGCUAAACAAAGUAACUACGAAUUGGUUUGCUGUUCAGGUCACGGUAAGAAUGGCGCUCUUUGUGUGCUCCAAAGGUCAAUUCGCCCAGAAGUCAUUACUCAAGAAUCGUUACCCGGUUGCAAGGGAAUUUGGACUGUUUAUCACAAGAGCACACGCAGUAACCUUAAUGAAUCUUCAAAAGUUACAUAUGAUGAUGAUGAAUAUCAUGCAUAUUUGGUUAUUAGUUUGGAGACCCGCACUAUGGUUCUGCAGACUGCCAGUAAUCUGGAGGAGGUUACUGAAAAUGUAGACUAUCAUGUUCAGGGAACCACUCUAGCCGUCGGAAAUUUAUUUGGGAGGCGUCGUGUUAUACAAGUGUUUGGUCGUGGUGCUCGGAUCCUUGAUGGAGCUUUUAUGACUCAAGAGCUGAGUUUCAAGGCUUCAAAUUUGGACUGUGGCUCAGGUUCUGAUGGUAUUGCUGUAUGUUCUGCUUCGAUUGCUGACCCAUAUGUCUUACUAAGCAUGACAGAUGGAAGUAUUCAGCUUCUCGUUGGUGAUUCUUCUACAUGCACGGUUUCUAUCACUACUCCAGCUAUGUUUGGAAGCUCAAAGAGGUUAAUUUCUUCUUGCACUCUCUAUAGUGAUGAAGGUCCUGAGCCAUGGCUCCGUAAGACUAGUACUGAUGCUUGGCUUUCUACUGGCACUGGGGAGGCAAUUGAUGGGGCUGAUGGUAUACCUCAUGAUCAGGGAGAUGUGUACUGUGUUGUUAGUUAUGAAGAUGGUAAUCUUGAGAUCUUUGAUGUGCCCAAUUUUACCUGUGUUUUCUCCGUGGAUAAAUUUGUGUCGGGAAGGAGAUACCUCAUUGACACCUUAACCCAACAAGAUCCAUCUCUUGGUUCCUGUCUAAAAAGUUCUGGUGAGGUUUCUGGACAUGGGAAAAAGGAAGACAUUCAGAAGAUCAAAGUAGUUGAGUUGGCAAUGCAGAGGUGGGCAGGGCAACAUAGCCGUCCUUUUCUUUUUGGAAUAUUAUCUGAUGGAACAAUUCUCUGCUACCAUGCCUACAUUUUUGAAGGUUCUGAAAAUUAUUCACCGAGCUCUAUUAAUCCUAGUAUCAGUUCUGGUACUUCUAGGCUUAGAAAUUUAAGAUUUGUACGCGUUCCACUUGAAAAUUAUGCAAGGGAGGAGGUAUCAUCUGUAAAACUAUCACAGCGCAUAAACAUUUUUAAGAAUGUUGGUGGUCUCCAGGGAUUGUUCCUUGCUGGGUCUAGGCCGGCUUGGCUUAUGAUGUUCCGUGAACGGAUCCGAAUGCAUCACCAGCUUUGUGAUGGACCUAUUGCUGCCUUUACUGUUCUUCACAAUAUUAACUGUAAUCAUGGGUUUAUAUAUAUAACGACACAAGGUGCUCUAAAGAUUUGCCAUCUUCCAUCUCUACUAUCCUAUGACAACUAUUGGCCAGUUCAGAAGAUUCCAUUGAAGGGGACUCCACAUCAAGUCACUUAUUUUGCUGACAAGAAUUUAUAUCCGCUAAUAGUUUCAGUUCCGGUUCUUAAGCCUCUUAGUCAAGUAAUUUUAUCUCUAAAUGAUCAAGAUGCUGGUCUGCAAAUCGAUCAUGAUAGUUUAAAUUAUGAAGGAAAUUAUCAUAUUGAGGAAUUUGAGAUUCGUAUAAUGGAGCCUGAAAGAGCUGGUGGACCAUGGCAGACAAGGGCAACCAUUCCUAUGCAAAGCUCUGAGAAUGCUCUGACUGUGCGAGUGGUUACACUACUUAAUACCACUACUAGAGAAAAUGAAACUCUUUUGGCGGUUGGGACGGCUUAUGUGCAAGGCGAGGAUGUUGCAGCAAGGGGCCGUGUGCUUUUAUUUAAUGUUGACAGGGCUAAUGACAGAUCUCAGAUUUCGGUCAAGGAAAUCUUUUCCAAAGAGUUCAAGGGUGCUAUUUCUGCUCUAGCUUCACUUCUUGGUCAUUUGUUGAUAGCUUCGGGCCCUAAAAUUAUCUUACACACAUGGACGGGUUCUGAACUUGUUCCCAUUGCCUUCUAUGAUGUCCCCCCUCUUCAUGUUGUGAGCUUGAAUAUUGUGAAGAAUUUUAUACUUGUUGGAGACAUUCACAAAAGCAUAUACUUCCUCAGUUGGAAGGAGCAAGGGUCUCAACUUACUCUAUUGGCAAAGGAUUUUGGUUCACUAGAUUGUCUAUCAACAGAGUUUUUAAUCGAUGGAAGCACCCUCAGUCUAGCGGUUUCGGAUGAUCAAAAGAAUGUUCAGAUAUUCUACUACGCCCCAAAGUUGGCAGAAAGUUGGAAAGGACAGAAGCUUCUGUCCAGGGCAGAGUUCCACGUGGGCGCUUAUAUUUCCAAGUUCUUGCGGUUACAAUUGCUUCCAAAUUCAACUGACCGAACCGGAACUGACAAAACAAAUCGCUUUGCUUUGUUAUUUGGCACACUGGAUGGGGGGGUUGGAUACAUAGCGCCUUUGGAUGAACUCACUUUUCGCAGGCUUCAGUCUUUGCAGAAAAAACUUGUGGAUGCUAUUCCUCAUGUGGCAGGAUUGAACCCCAGAUCGUUCAGGCUGUACCGGUCUAAUGGAAAGGCUCACAGGCCCGGCCCGGACAACAUUGUUGAUGGUGAAUUGCUUUUCCAUUAUGAGAUGCUGAGUUUGGAGGAACAGGUUGAGAUUGCUCACCAGAUUGGAACUACACGCCCUCAGAUAAUGUCUAACCUUAAUGACUUGACCAUUAGCACCAGCUUCUUGUAAUUCUUUUUCCUUUACAACAGCACUCUUCUACUUUGUACCUGAAGCCUGGAAGUUGCUUCAAUCCCCUUCCCUCCAGCAUCUGUAUCCUUUAGGAAGGAUCAAGCCCUCCAGCACUGAUAGUCUAAUACUGUAAAUAUAAUUUUUUGUUUCCAAUUUUUCUUUCCAGUUUUCCCAAUAUAAGAUGCUAGAGGCAAUCUCUGAUUAUGAUUUUACUUCUAUAUUUUUUUAGAAAUUUCAACUUUUCCAAUAUGCUCUCAAAUAUUAUGAUAACU